UGUGUGUCAUCUCUAUUCUAAUCUGGAAAAGUUGUGCGUCUCUUUUCACAAACGUGAUUUUGUUGCAGAAAAAGCCCUAAAUUUAGCUGAACCAAGUGGCAAGAGCAGCACAAUUAUCCCAAAAUGGGUCGCCGAUGCUGCGUGGUCAACUGUCCGUCGACGUCGCGCCUGCUGGAGCACCACGGCGUCACCUACCACUCAUUUCCCCUCGACCCAGUCAUCCGGGCCAUUUGGAUAAAGAACUCACGGAUCAGCUUGGAUCGCCAGAUCACCAAGAGCGUGCUUGUGUGCUCGCGCCACUUCCGCCGCCUGGAUUUCAACACGAUUCGCAAUGGCAAGUACCUACUAAAGCCGCGCGUCUUCCCCACCGUCUUCCCCUGGGGGAAAAUGGACUCCGCCGAGAUUGAGGCUGACCACCGGGCACUGCAGCAGGCAAGCGUCGAGGGAACGGCGGUAGCGGGAACCGAUCACUCUUCGGCCAACGAAGACGUGAUCAAGGCCACUGUUGACAAUAUAGUGGCGCAAAUUCUGGCAGAGAGUGCUGAGCGCAAUUCCUCGACAGCUUCCGAAGAGCCAAAGGCUUCAAAGUCGGAUAAAGAGAAGGAUGCGGCAAAAACCAUUGCACCCCCGGAGGCUAAGGAGGAGAUUCCAAAGCCAGCACAGCAUUCUGUGGCAGCAUCCGCUGUUGCCCAGGCCAGCGAAGUAGCUACAUCCACUGAAGCUGUCACUUCUGGCUCUAGCUCGCCUCAGCCUGGUACGCCUGUCAAGUACAGCAACCCCACUAACCUGACUAUCGGUGCACGCUUGGAGGCCCUGAGCGUCGAGGGCAACUGGCUGCCCGCCCGCAUCGUCGAGGUGAACGAAACCGAGCAGACGCUGCUCGUGCGCUUCGAGCGCAACCACAAGCUAAAGGUGUCCCCCUCGACGAGCGGAAGCUUCCAGGAGUGGAUGGCCAUUAAGUCAGAGCGGCUAAGGCAACGCCUCAGCAACCGCGUGCUUCCCAUCUUCGAGCUGGAGGAGAAGUGCAUGGCCCGCUGGUCGGGGCCUCGCAAGUUCCCGGGAACCAUUCGCAAGCUGCUGGGCAACGACACCUACGAAGUGCUCUUCGACGAUGGGUACACCAAGAACGUGCGCGCCGUGCACAUGAAUAAGUUGCCCAAGCAGCUUCUUCCAGUCGAUGGAUCGGAUGGCUCGUCAGUCAAGGCUCCAGCUCCACCUGGAACUCCAACUUCAGUUGGAACUCCAGUUCCAAGAACUCCAGCCGCCACACCAGUGGCUCCAAAGAGGGCCAGUACUGGCAGUAGUGCCAGUGCUGCCUCGAGCAGCAAGAAGAGCAAGAACGCACCCCAGCGUAGGGAUUGGCCAUUGCUAGACAUGGCCAGCCUGGAUAUAGCUGCUCUGGGCUUGCCAGAAAUACCUCAUGAUGGGGAGUGGACUUGCCAUUGGGUAAACGAUCAGCCGAUCGGAGCCGAGGGCUUCCUGAUUGUUGGCGAGCACCAGAAACCCACAGUGAUCGUUCAGGACUGGCGUCUGCCGCCCGGUUGGAUCAAGCACAUGUACCAGCGUUCUAAUGUGCUCGGCAAGUGGGACGUCAUCCUGGUAUCGCCCAGCGGCAAGCGGUUCCGCUCCAAAUCAGACCUGAAAGUGUUUCUCGAAUCGCAAGGCCUGGUGUACAACCCGGACGUAUAUGACUUUAGCAUCCACAGGCGUCGGGCCAAAGACAUAAAUGCCUAUGUAUACACACAUGACUACAAUCCGCAGACUCCGGCCAAACCCAAGCCCAUGGAUGUGUCGCUAGACUCCACGUUGGAGCGGAGCAACACAACUCUACCGUCUUUGCCAUCGACUCCAAUGCCUGUCAAGGAGAGCCAGUACAUGGAGGCGCCGGUGGCCUCUUUGAUGCCGCCAGCAGAGCUCAUGUCGCCACAGGCCCUGCUUACUGAUGAAGGCAAGCCAAAGACGACCCCAGAACAGCUUGAAGCCAUUGAGGGUGAUUCCACCCUGCCUGUGGAAGGCGCUCCUCCAGUGGAGAACGGCUUUGCUUAUAUUGGCGGACUGAAAGUUCAGCUCCAAGAGAAUCUGUAUGUUUGCCCGCGCGAGGGUUGCGGCAAGACCUAUCGCAAGGAGGAUUUCCUGCUGAUUCAUAUUCGCCACUACCACAAGGAGUUCGCAGAGUACGUAAGCAACUGUCCGAAGAUGCAGGAGCUGGCGGUCAAGCGCACACACGCCUCCUCUAUCGAGCAAGGCGAUGCAGCUCCCAAGAACCAAAUACCAAACCAGCAAUUCUUUGCCAAGCUGCACCAACAGGACAUGCAGCAGUCACGGGCUUUCAAGCGUCAGUCAGUUCCCCCAACUGUUACGUCGCCCAAAGCGGCUGGUACUGUGCCAGGGGCUUCUCCAACCAAGACGCUUGCAUCGCCCAAAACAGAGCCAACGGACACGGCACCGUUCGGUGAAAGUGGCACCAAUCCAGAGGAAGUUACGUUGGAGGCUGGAGCUACCCCCUCGCUUAAUCCCGGGUUCAGCCGCUCUAGCAAGCGGGCUCGUUUCUCUCCCACAAAGCGUUCAUCCGGAUCUAGAAAGAGCAACCGCCAGCGGUCACAGCGUCGCAGCAAUGCGACUGACACUCCAACCGGGCACAACUUGAGCGAACACGAUGCCGACGAGACGAGGCAGUCCUUCACCACUCCCACACCGGAUGCACGCAUAGAUUCGAAGAAACGCCGCUCUGCUCCGGCAGCUACAGCCAUCAGCUCCAUUGACUCCCCGGUAAUGGCAGAUUCGGUAUCAACACCGUCUUCCAACGACCAGGCUGACAUUAAUGCCGCGCUGCCACCGCCAACAGACACAAUUGGAAAGACGCCGCAGUACAUUAAGGAGAACGGCGAACUGAUACGUAUCGUGCGCAUGCGGCAGGAGGAAAUCAUUAAUUGUAUCUGCGAGUACGGCGAGGAAGAUGGCCUAAUGAUCCAGUGCGAACUGUGCCUGUGCUGGCAGCAUGGCGCAUGCAAUGGCAUAUUAAAAGAGUCAGACGUACCGGACAAGUACGUCUGCUAUAUCUGCCGUAAUCCACAGAGGGGACGGGACUCAAUGAGGUUUAAGCAUGACCAGGACUGGCUAUUCGAGGGCAAGUUGCCGGUGGCCGCGUACCACACUUCAAAUACCCAGGCUACCAAACAGUCAGACCUACUGAAGCGCUCGCACACACUCACAGGCAACCUGCUGGACGCCAAGCGUUCGAUGCACUCUCUGAUGGUGAAAAUCAACAUCGCUAGAAACCGUUCCCACCCAAAGUUGUAUCUGUGGGCCAAGAAGUGGGAUGAGGACCAGGCAGAUGCCGCUGCAUUGACUCCUGUGAAGCGACCGAAGUCAGAAAUCCCUGAUCUACCGCACGUUCCGCAGCCAGAGGCAGCCAUCGAUCCGGAGGAGUGCCAGUAUCGCCUGAUUGAGCACGUAAAAGUGCAGCAGUCGCUGAUCAUGAAUCGACUGAACGACAUUGAGGCCGAGAUUGACGAGCUUGAAAAGGAGGACAGCCUGGAGGACCUGAAGGAUAGCGAUAUCUCCACUACCAAAGAGGCCAUGGCCGCAUUCAUCAAGGAGUUGGAGACUAUGAAGCGCCUUGCCCGGCUCAAUCAGGUGGCUAAUAUUAAGCAGAGCUUAAAAGAUACCCCAAAUUAAUAGGUCCUUAAA